CCUGCAAGACAGACAUGAUGCUGACUCCCAUGGCCCUGCCCAGCAUGUCCUGGAUGCUGCUUUCCUGCCUCAUGCUCCUGUCUCAGGUGCAAGGUGAAGACACUCAGGAGGAACAGGCCUCUCCACGCAUCAGGUGUCCCAAAGGCUCCAAGGCCUAUGCCUCCUACUGCUAUGCCUUGUUUACCACACCAAAAUCCUGGAUAGAUGCAGAUUUGGCCUGCCAGAAGCGGUCUGAAGGACACCUUGCAUCUGUGCUCAGUGGGGCUGAAGCCUCCUUUGUGUCCUCCUUGGUCAAGAGCAGUGUGAACAGCUACUCAUAUGUCUGGAUUGGGCUCCAUGAUCCCACGCUUGGACAAGAACCCAAUGGUGCUGGAUGGGAGUGGAGUAGCACUGAUGUGCUGAAUUACGCAAACUGGGAGAGGAAUCCUUCCACUGCUUCAGACCGUGGUUAUUGUGGGGGCGUGUCACGAAGCUCAGGAUUUCUGAGGUGGAGAGACUACAACUGUAAUAUAGAGUUACCCUAUGUCUGCAAGUUCAAGGGCUAGGGAACGUGGGAAGUCAUCCAGCUGGAUUUGUGCAUAGUUCCAUCAUUCAUAAGAGUCCCAGGUGAAGAUCCACCCAAGAAAGGAUUCUGUGGACACCCUGACACCUGAUCACCUCAUCCUGAGCUCCCCUCUUCUGUUGUCUCCCUCCCUCAUUUCAGGCUGUUGUAUAUUUGUUGUGGUCUCUGGUUUCAGAGAGCAAUAAUAAAA